ACAGACGCACUGAGGAGUCACUAGCGGGUCUUCGCAAACUCUGUGCGGUCUUUGACAAUUUAUUCUCAUUCAACGGUGUAACAGAUAUCAUCGUGAGCAUUUUUUUUUCAUGACAGGCAACAUGAAGGUUAUAAGCAUUGACUGCCGCCGUCUUAAGAAGAUCAUAAGGAAAGAAUCUGGAAGCUGCCUCAUAGUGGAUUGUCGAGCGUAUUUUUCCUUCUUGGACUCAAACAUAAGAGGUUCCGUCAAUGCGAAUUUGAACUCGGUCAUUGUGCGGAGAUCACGCGGGGGUCCGGUCCCCCUACAGUAUGUCAUCCCAAAUGAGAGAGCUCAGCGUCGGCUUCAAGAGGGUAGCAUCUCAGCUAUCGUGGCUUUGGACGAUAGUACACCCCAUUGGCUGAAAGUGAAAAAGGACAGUGUGGCACAGAUAGUUGUCAACACACUCUCACAUCUGGCAGGUGGAGCUAAAAUCUGUUUCCUUAAAGGAGGAUAUGAGAGCUUCCAUUCCCAGUAUCCUGAACUUUGCACCGAGGUGAAAACCAACACGCACAUUGCAAGUGAAACUGAAAAACUUGUCCCUCAGUACAAACCAGACUAUGAUCAGGGCAAGCCAGUGGAGAUCCUACCUUUCCUGUAUCUUGGCAGCGCUUACCACGCCUCCAGGGAGGACUAUCUUGGUGAUCUGCAGAUCACAGCCAUGCUGAACAUCUCCCGGAGAGGCACGCAGCAGCCCAAAGGUCACUUCCACUACAAAUGGAUCCCAGUGGAGGACAGUCACAUGGCAGACAUUAGCUCCCAUUUCCAGGAGGCUAUUGACUUUAUUGACUGUGUGAAGCAAUCAGGAGGAAAGGUGCUUGUUCACUGUGAAGCUGGCAUCUCCAGAUCUCCAACUAUAUGCAUGGCCUACAUCAUGAAGACCAAGGGGCUGCUGCUGGAGGAGGCCUUUGACUUCAUCAAGAAACGGCGUGCUCUCAUAGCUCCAAACUUUGGCUUCAUGGGUCAGCUGCUUCAGUUAGAGACUGAGAUCAUCUCCUCCAGGACACCUACAUCUACUGCCCCCUGCAGGCAGGAGAGGGAAUCUCCUUUUGUGGAGGACUUCAAACUCGGCAAGAGAUAUGAGGCCUCGGUGUUCACCUUCCCUUCCUCCUUUCUGACUCCCAUACCAAUCCAGUCUCAAGUGCACCAGAUUAAUUUGUGUCCAAUAACAGCGUUGCCUUAAAGUUAACGUCUGGCUGAGGCACUGAUGAUUUGUUCAAUAAACUGAGAGGAACUCAAAACUUGGUACAAUAAAUUGCCAUUAACAUGUACAUUGAAAGUAUGUCAUACCUAAGGAGAAUCAUCAUGUUGUUGUUCAGCCCUGAAAUCAAUAACCACUGAUUCUGUUUCCUUAUAUGUGUGUAGCAAAUCAAGCACAGCGAGUAGACUGCAAUA